AUGGAUUGGCUUAGUUGGGUCAGUCAGUUGGGCUAUUCACAGCUUUGUGUUGUACUUGGUACCGUCUCAUUGCGUGGUAAGAAGGAUGGAGAAGGAGAGCUACAACUUUGGUUUCGUGCGAUGUUCAACGAUUGCCGCAUUUUAUAUGCCAGUAGGAUAGCGGGGCAUGACGAGAUGGUAUGUGAGUUAUUGAUGUUUUUCCUCUUUCACUUCCGAGAUUGCACUGACAAAAUCAGCAAAAUCAAAACGUCAUCAACAGAGAAGUCGAAAUUUCAUUUCGUCCAAUACUGAAAACAAAUAGUACCAUCGUGAUAGUACUGAUAGAGGGGUUUCGUCCAGGGGCUCAAGAGUUAGAACUAAAUUUUAUAGAUCCAUGACUCUGGGAGUGAAAGAGUUUUAAAUAUAUAAUUUAACAAUACAAUUAUAAUAAACUGGUUCAAGACUUCAGAGGCAGUGCAUCGUUUUAUUACUACAGCUCUGUUUCGUGUGGCCAAAAGAUGACCACACUCAUCGGGUAAUAUCAACGAUUGACCGUUAGAUUACAACAGCUAACAAAAAAACGGAAAUAAGGUUGCUAUGAAAUAUAAAAACAGCCUUAUGUUAUCGUAUAAAUCAUGUGGUUGCUAUUUAUAAUUUGGAAGAUUGUGUUACUUUAUCAUAAAGUUCCGUGAGGAGGUAAGCCCCGGGAGGGAAGGGUUACUUCCUUAUAAGAGGCUAAUAGGAAUGUGCCGCUGGAUGGGGUCGCAUUUUCACAACUGGACUGACUAUAGAGGGGUCGAAAUUUCAAUAGAGUUACUCGAAUGGGGUGGCACAUUUUGGGAUUUUUUGGGGUAAGACAGUUCUUCAUAUUUACGGUUAGCAAACGUACCAGAAUGUUUCCAAAAAAAAAGUGCCCUUCAUUCAGUGAUUAUUUGCCCAAAAGUGGCUAAGAUGGGGUCUAUAAUUGGUCACAGAAUAGACUAUAAUGGGGUAGGGGCUCUGAGAGGCCAGCGGCACAUACCCAGCAAAAAUUUAGCCAAGUACCCCCCCCCCCCCCGUAUUGAGCGGACACCUUCGGGACCUUCCCAAGUGUCCGCUUUUUAUAGAGGUUUGUAAAAAUUGCGCAAUGUUUGUUAACGAUUAACAUUCAACGGUUACUCUGUACUGUGAUUAAGCCAUGUUGUUGAGGAAACUAAGGAAGCUAAGGAAGCUGUGCUGUGCUGUACUUUGCGCAACACUUUAGGUGAACUUUGAUCGCGGAUGACGAUUAUACUGCCGGAUAUCGGUGUAAUAUGCAGUUAUUUGACCUCUAAAUGUAUUGAUUUAUCUCUAUUAAUCGACAUACAGUACGUAUUUCAAGGAAGUAAUCCAAUACUACCUCUCCUUACUUUUUUCAGUUUGUAAUUAUGCCUGAAACUACAAUGAAGGUCACCAAGGAUACAGUUACAAUUAAAGAGCUAAAAGACUGGUGGGGUCACGAAGGACAAACUGUUCAACUAAAAGAUGCUGAUCCAAAUGAGCUUCAGGUUUUUAUUGAAAAAAUGCCCGUCCCAAUCAAAGGUGAGAGUGUUGAAAGUAAUUUCCAAAAUUUUGUUUAAGUUUUGGUUUUGGAAUCAAGAGGUACAUGGUUGAACCUCUGUACAAAUGUAUGGAAACAGGCAGAUCUUUUUUUUUUGGUUUUAGUCUUUAAAUAAAAAGACGAAUACGGGUUAAACUUACUGUAUUUACGAAGGUUUAUAAAAACAGGUAGCUCAAGCUUAUGGCUAGAGUAGUUAGUUUGGUGUUUUUGAAUUGAGAAGCGUACGGUUAAACCCGUACAUUUGUGUGGACAGCUGGGCUUAAAUAUUUAUAAUUGAUGAGUGAAAUAUCCAUAUACAGUAACAAGAUAGAAUAUUAACGCUUAUAAAUUUUUUUUUUAACCGGGAAUCUUCGCGUCAAAACAUUGUUCGCUGUUAACAGUGUCAAGAGGGGUAGACUACUAGAACAACAUUGAUCUUCUUAAAAGCAACAAAGAAGAGCAUGAUAUCCGGCUGGCCCCUAUUCUAGUGAUUUGGAGUAAAAAAAAAUCAGAUCAUAUUUAAGACUAAAUGAAACCUUUGAGUCAACUGCAUUAGUCUGUAAUUCACAAAUCGAUUGAUGCGAAUUGCUUCCUCGCCUCAUUUUUCUCGCGCGUUGGCGGUUCCGCCGCCAAAAUUUCCCCUCAGAUCGUGAAUCGUCCUCAGUAGUUUUCUUAUCAAAACUGUAGUUUACGUCAUAGAAAGUGCUUUGUACGGGGUUAUAUUCACGAGCUGUUUGUGUCAAAACCCGAACAAGCGAGAUACGAGCGAGUGAGGGCUUUUGACUCAAACAACUCGUGAAUAUGAUCCCGUACAAAGCACUUUCUAAGACGUGAGCUGUUUAUUAUACAUAUUAGGAGAGUUUUCACUGAAAUAGUUCUCUUAAUGUAACACAUAAGCUUAUUACUAUUAAAAGAGCAAAUCACAAAUGCUGACAUGCAAAUGCAAAUUUAAUAGCAAUGGCAAAUCGUGCAGAACAGAAAAUGCACUUACAAAAGUUUAAUCUAGUAUGACGUUACAAAAGACAGACCUCAGCGAUGUGGGCUCGUAUAGAGGAGUUCACGCUCAUAGUCACGGCAUCAUAGGUAAUCAGGGCAAGAUGGAGGGAAAUUCAAAGAUUUGUAUUGGAAUUCAAAGCCCGCUAAUUCUUCCUGAAUUCAUAUAUUUGAUGCUUGAUUUUCCCAUACAUUUUCUGUAAUUCCACAGAAUCAAAAUUACAGAAAAUUUAUAUGGAAAAAUUCAGGUUUUCUAAAAACUCAUCACGGAUGUCUUUGCACUCCAGAUUUACUGUAUUGUUUUUUUGAACUCGUAAGUUACCCUUUUUAAAAGAAACAAAAGCUUAAGUAUUUUGGCCAAUGUAAACAAAUUAGGGCUUGGGAAAGAUCAUCUUGGAGGGAAAGAUAGAUGAGAAAAGGAGAGAGGAAGACCGAUAAAGUAGUGGGGAGGGGACAUGUCACAAACAGAAUUAGGAAUUAGGAAUUUUUUUCUCUUUCCUGAAGCUCUCUCAACAACCGCUGCAUAUUUUGUUCACGUUGUUGAAACUCCAUCAGUUGCCUUUGAGAAUUUUUUUCUCGUUCCUGAAGGUCUCUCAAGAUUGGCAGUUGGUAAAAACUGUUUCCGCUGUGCGGUAAAAGAUGCAACGUCCUAUGGGAUGAGCAGUUAGAGUAAAAAUGCGGGCGUGAUUUCAAUUUCGGACUGGAUCGUGUCGAAACGUUUUGAUAUCAAAUCGACUGAUUUAAGGUUCAUCUGAACGAAAAAAUGAGAGCUCGUUCAAAGAAGGGGCUAUUCUUGGACACACAUUUCAAUAUUUUGUGUGAGUUUACAAGCAAACCAUAAUUAUUUAGUGACAAUCGGAGCGAAACGAAAUUCUGAUUUUCAUCUUCUUCAUCAGUAUCUCUUAAGCUUAUGUGUCGCUCAGUUUAAAGAGAGGAACGCAGUACAUUUAAAAUUUUCUUUGACGUCAAAAUUUUUAAUUUUUCUUUUUUAAGUGACACUUAAUCGGGUUGCCCAUGUUACUUUGGUGAUUUUCAUGAUUGCCUUGUUUUAUUUUUUAUCAUGAAUUAUCUUUUUAGAAAAAAACCAAAAUCUACGCAAAGCAAAUUCGCCAAGGCGAACCUCAGAAAUAGAAAGUCAGUGGAAGGAUUUUCAACGACGUGAGGAAAACUUCCAGAGACAGAAACGGGAGAUGCAGCAACGCGAGCAGGAUUUACAAAGGAAACUCAGAGUGGUUAAAGAACGGUAUCAGGACUCUCAAAGCCACCUAACGGAUAUUGAGCAACAUGAACAAAAUAUGCAGCGGCUAUUGAGAGACCUUCAGGAACGAGAAAAAAAUUCUCAAAGGCAACUGAUGGAGUUUCAACAACGUGAACAAAAUAUGCAGCGGUUGUUGAGAGAGCUUCAGGAAAGAGAAAAAAAUUCUCAAAGGCAGCUGAGGGAGUUUCAACAACGUGAAGAAAAUUCUCAGAGGCAGCUGACGGAGUUUCAACAACGUGAAGAAAAUUCCCAGAGGCAGCUGGUGGAGUUGCAGCGGCAACUAAGAGAGAUAGGACAGCAUUUGACCAAUUGCCGAGGACAAGUUUCUGAACUACAGUUAAGUCUUUCAACAGCACAGGAAACAAUAAAUCAAUUGCGGAACCAGGAAACACGUGACUGGGUUAUUCCCCGGGACGAAAUUCAAAUCACAGAGAAAUACCUUGGGAGGGGAGGAUGGGGAAUUGUCAAUGAGGGAACGUAUUGUGGCUGUACUGUAGCAGUGAAACAGAUCCAUGAGUUGAUUCUUUCUCCUCAUAACAUAAAUCUGUUUGAAAGAGAAAUGAAUAUCGCUUCUAAAUGCCGCCAUCCUCACUUACUACAGUUCAUCGGCGCUACUAAAGAUAAGGGAACUCCUCUGUUUGUGACCGAGCUGAUGGAGAAAAGUCUGCGCACUUUGUUGGAGCAGCGGCAACUCUCCGUGACAGAAAUAGCCGUCAUUUCUCUGGAUGUAGCACGUGCCCUGAACUACCUUCAUCGAAGGAAACCAGAGCCUAUCAUUCACCGUGACGUCAGCAGUGCGAAUGUGUUGCUAUGGCGACAGGAUGACCAAUGGAGAGCCAAAGUGUCUGAUUACGGCACUGCUAAUUUUAUACAGCAGACCAUGACAGUGGCUCCUGGAGCUAUGAUUUACAGUGCACCUGAAGCACUUACACCAAACCAAACAGUCAAGGUAAGUUUAAGUGAAUAUUCAAGACUGUUUACUUACUAAAACUGUACAGCAAGGCUAACAGUGGCAGAAGUGAUAAGUGAUGUCCACUCCAUAAACAAUACAUAUGAGAUGACUAUAUCUUUGUCAGGAGUCUUUGUACCUUGUUCUGCACUUUUUUCACUCUUUUAUCUUCAUGGAUUUGGUCCACGUAAUUGGAUUCUUUAAUUUAUCCCUUUUUGUCUCUAAAGACAACAGUCACGGGAUAACAAAAGUUAAUUAGUAUUUUUAGAAACAAAACAUUUAAGCCAAGAACGUACCAUGAAGCCUUUUAAGGAUCUUCUGUUUUCUAGGCUUUUCUUAUCCAUUUAUCGAUAUUCAUCUAUUUUGAAUUCUCGAGAUUCUCCCUCUCAUGUUACGUAAACUCGUUUUGUAAUCAGUACACAACUAAUAAGUAAUGUCAUGUAUUAUGAUUGCUUUUAGGUUGAUGUGUACAGCUUUGGUGUUCUUCUUUGUGAAAUGUGCAUCCGGGAACUUCCAGAUCCUAGUAAGCGUGAAGAACAAGUCGUGCUUGUAACGAACGGUGUGUUUCGCGGCCUGGUACGGCGAUGCCUGCAUAGAGAUCCUGGGCCGAGACCAACCAUGCAGGAGAUAAUCGAUGAACUGAAAGAUGCCGAUGUAUCAUCUUAA